GGUUCGUUCCUCUAAUUCGCCAUUGGGUCAAAGAUAUAGUACAUAUACGUAAAGUAAUACCAGUAAAAUUCUUUCGAAUCUUUAUUUAUAUUUGUCAAGUAAGCAAAUACCAGAUGAUAUCGCCAUCGCUCCAUUUUAGUAAAUCAUCGGAAGACGUAAGCUCGAUUGCCUAGCGUGAUAUUAUUUACAUAAUAGAAUCGUGAGUAAAGACAGGUGUAAUCGAAGGACGCGAAAAAAUCGUAUUACAUUUUACUCUAUGAAAAUUUAGUAACUUUAGACGCGACAUGACGAUUUGCAAUAUUACAGUUUUAUUUUUGAUAGUCGCGUCGGUGUCGGCAGCUAUCGGCCGAGAGACUCGCGGUCCGCGCCUCAAAAGAAUAGUAGGAGGAGAAGACAGCGGCUCGAACGAGUUUCCCUUUCAAGUUUCUUUACGUUACUCGGAUACCGUGCACAUUUGUGGAGGUGCCUUGAUAAGCGAAAGACACGUCUUGAGUGCUGCACAUUGCGUAUGCGAACUUUUCGACGAGCCUUACGACGAUCUGUCGGUGGUAACUGGUACGAGGAGCGUUAAAAAAGGCGGUCAGUUUCAACGAGUUAAAAGCAUCCAUUGUCAUCCCGAUUACGUUUUUGGGGCGAAAGGCUCGUGGACCCACGAUUUGGUGAUAAUCACGUUGAGCGACAACGUAACUUUGAAUUCUGCACAAAAUCUUAUUGACCUGCCAGUUUCGGACGCGCCAGAAAACAUAUCGGUAAUCUUAACCGGUUGGGGUAGACAUCAUUCGUUCGGUCCAUUGUCGGAUAUUCUACAAAAAGUUACUCUCACCACUAUAACCAACGAAGAUUGUCAAACGUAUUACAAUAAUACCAUUUUACCAUCUCACCUGUGUACUUUAGAACAUGAGGGAGUUGGCGCCUGUAAGAUUCCAGAGAUGGCACAAUACAUACCAAAUUUUAUAACUAAAGAGGAAGAAGAACAAAUAAUAAAACAUAUAAAUGCUGUUCCCCUUCCAAAGUGGACUCAAUUAAGUUACAGAAGAUUACAAAAUUGGGGCGGUAUACCCCAUCCCAAAGGGAUGAUAGCGGAGGAAAUACCAAGCUGGCUUCGAAUUUACAUUGAUAAAAUAACUUCUUUAAAUGUUUUCGAACGAGAUAAGCCACCCAAUCAUGUAUUAAUCAAUGAGUAUUUGCCUUCGCAAGGAAUAAUGAAAUUUGAAUUUUUAACAGGCACACUCGGAUGGUCCACUUUUUUAUCCAAUUGUAACCACCAUCAGUUGCGGUUCUCAUACUCUUCUAGAUUUCUACAAACGUAACGAUAUUAUGGAGCCGCAACAACUUAAAUUGGAGUUCAGUUUGUUGUUAGAACGUAGAAGUCUUUUGAUUUUGAGAGGAGACCUGUAUAAUGAUUAUUUACAUGCUAUUGCGGAAACUUGUACCGAUACUAUUUCAAAGGGAAUAAUCAAAAAUAU